GGGACUUUUGGGAGUCAAAUGAGUUCUACUCCCAGCUCUGCUAUUGCUGCUUUAGGCAAGUCACAGCCCCUCACUGUGCCUCAGUUUCCCCCUCCAUAGACCAGGAACAGUGAUACCAGCCCAACUUUGUCAAAGUGCUUGGCGAUUUCUGGGGGACUCGUGCAAAGAGUUAUUUAUUAUCACUCCUCUUGGAAUAACUAAUAAUCUCUCUUGACGGACCAGUCGUGCGAGCUGUCAGCAGAUCUCAAAGCACUUUCCUGAUUUAUUUGCUUACAGAUCAACUGGAUGGAUCCUGGCACUCUCCAAAAUCCACCCGUGCCCCUGAGUCGCCAGGAAUAUGGUCAUUAGUUGCUUUGUAUAGGUAUCAGUUCCCGCCCUCUGAGCCUCUGUGACUCUGGCCUGCUAAGCAGUGACCCGCCUGGGUUGCCUUGUGCUGCGCGGAUCCUACAUUCUGUCUAGGGGGCCCUCUGGGCUCACACGACGCGCUGACGGUUCAAGUCAGGAAAUAAAAGCUAGAGAACGUUAUCGUUCCCCAGAUCACACACUGCUUCGCUGCGCGCGCGCGCACACACACACACACCCUCGCCCGGCGCUGAGCACUGCAGCGUCGGUCUGCGGGCAAACGCCGAGGUAUGGAUGUCCAAGAGAGGUUGGCAUUGGAUAUUUCCACCCGAAAUCCUCAGGACGACUUUGAGCUGCUGCAGAGAGUUGGCGGAGGGACCUACGGGGAAGUUUAUAAGGCGAAGAACAAAGGCAACGGCGAUCUGGCUGCCAUAAAGAUUGUGAAGAUGGAGUCAGGUGAGGGAAGGCCCUGCCCCAUUAACCCUCCGUCUCUGUGGCCCGGUAGGUUGAACAAGUUGUGGAUCUGCAUGGAGUUCUGCGGGGCCGGAUCUCUGCAGGACAUUUACCACGUCACUGGCCCCCUGUCAGAGCAGCAAAUCGCCUACGUGUGCAGAGAAACGUUGCAGGGUCUGUCUUAUCUUCACAGCCAAGGCAAGAUCCACAGAGACAUCAAGGGAGCCAACAUCCUCAUCAACGACAAUGGAGAAGUGAAACUCGCGGAUUUUGGGAUCUCGGCCCAGAUCAGCGCCACCUUCGCCCGCAGGAUGUCCUUCAUCGGCACCCCCUACUGGAUGGCGCCCGAGGUGGCAGCGGUGGAGCUCAAAGGCGGCUACAACGAGCUAUGUGACAUCUGGUCCGUGGGCAUCACGGCGGUGGAGCUGGCCGAGCUGCAGCCCCCCAUGUUCGACGUCCACCCCCUGCGGGUGCUGUUCCUGAUGUCCAAGAGCGGCUACCAGCCGCCGAAGCUAAAAGACAAGGCAAAGUGGACUCCGGCCUUCCACAACUUCGUGAAGGUGACGCUGACCAAGAACCCCAAGAAGCGGCCGAGUGCUGCCAAGAUGUUGAGCCACCAGUUUGUGGCCCAGCCCGGCCUGAGCCGGAGUCUGACGCUGGAGCUGCUGGAGAAGCUGCGGAACCCGGACAAGCUGCCGCGCUGCUGCGAGCCGGAGGAGGAAGAGGCCGAGCUGCCACCCCCGGUGCCCCAGCGGAUCCACUCCACGCACCGGCACGCGCCGGCCGAGCGCAGCAACUCCGACAUCAACCUGCAGCCCAUCAAGAUCAGGACCCGCUGGAAGGAGCCGACACCUCCGUGCCACGUGGAGAUCUGCCUAGACCUCAGCUACGGCACCAGCGGCAGCGCCCCCGGCUCCAUGGGCAGUGCCAGGGUCAACGCGUCGGACUCAGACAACGACUAUGACGACGUGGACAUCCCCAGCAGCUGUGACCCGGCCAGGCCCAUGCUGCCAGCCGACGCUGACGUGCCGCCCCCACUGCCCCCCAAGCCCAAGUUCCGGAGCCGGUCCGACGAGACACCCGCCGAGGAGACGCGGCCCCAGCCCGGGGGGCAGCUCCUGCAGCGCCCCGGCACCCCGGUCUCCCUGGUGCGGUGCUCCAGCGGGCCUGUGGGGAGCCGGACCCCACACCCCACCCAGCACGCCGACCCCCGCCGCUCCCACCUCUCAGCCAGCUCAGAUCCCACCCUGUGGCCCGGACCCCGGAGCGAGGAGCCCCCCGUCCUGCCCCCCAAGACAGAGAAGAAACGGAGACAGGAUGGAUCCCUCUUCAAGAAGGUCUUUAACGGCUGCCCCCUGCGCAUCGCGGCCACGGCCACCUGGACGCACCCCACCACCCAAGACCCACACCUGAUCCUGGGGGCCGAGGAGGGGAUCUUCACCCUGAACCGCAGUGAGCCGGAGGCCACGCUGGAGCUGGUGAGAGCCGGGGGGGGAGGGGGUGUCCGGUAUCCACUCACCUGGGAAGGGGUGGGGAAGACCCCCCAGCUAUACUCCCACAGCCUGACCAGCCUGUACGAGCAGAGCAAGAGGGAGCAGCGCCCCGGCGUCCACAUCGCCCCCCACCGUCUGCUGCCCAGGAAAAACGCCACCUCCACGAAGAUCCCUGACACCAAGGGCUGCCGGGCCUGCUGUGUGGCCCGGCACGCGCGGAGCGGCUGCCACUACCUGUGCGGGGCGCUGGAGGCCAGCGUGGUCCUGCUCCAGUGGUACGAGCCCAUGCAGAAGUUCAUGCUGGUGAAGCAUGAGAACAGGGGGCUGUGGGGGGUAUCAGGGGCUGUGAGGUGCCAUCUGCUGCCUGACUCCACUCUCUCCCCCCCCAGCACCGUCGUCUUGGAAACGCGCCCCAUGGACGACACCCACAGCAACCUCUACAUCCAGGAGUGACAGCACCACCCGUGGGGGGGUCGGACUCACCCCCCGAGAAGCUGCUCUUCCCCAGAGAGUGCCCCCCCCCCGGGGCCAAGGACCCACCCAGCCAUGUGGGCCAGGACGGAGAAUCGGCCCCCGGCGCCCCCACGCUGCACGGACUAGGGGGGGCUGUGUCCCCACGCUGCACGGACUGGGGGGGGCUGAGCACGCCCCAGGGGUGUCACCGUUUCACCCCCUUUUCCAUACUGUGUUUGUAAUUAUUCAGCCCCAAAAAAGUAGGAAAA